CAUUGCUUCGAAUUCCCUCAGAACUGGUUUGACAAUCACUAUACUACAACAUUUGUCAUAGGAGCCUUGAAAACUCCUAACAUCAGUAGCUACAAUAUUGCAGAGCCGGUUCAGUACCCACCUCAACCUGAGGCUGAUGAUGGAAUCCCGACGACAUGCUACUGUGGUGGUGAGCCUGUUGUUGCAACAUCUUACACUCCUAAAGAUCCAUGCAGAAGGUACUUCACGUGCGACAAUGUUGAUGAUAUGGACUGCCAUGUUAGGAAAUGGUGGGAUGUGGCGGUUAUGGAGGAUAUGAGUGACUUUCAGACACAACUUAGGCAGCUUAAGGAUCAAGGUAAUGAGGGUGAGCAGAAGCUGGUUAAGCUAGAGAAGACAGUGUGUGAGUUAUCUAAGAAGAAAUCAGGGGUUACAAAUGGCUUUGAAUUGGUUGUUUGUCUAAUGGUUUUUGUAUUAGUUUUAAUAGGUUUGGUCGUCAUGUUUCUGCCUGGUUAGUUUCUCUCCUUGUGCUUUUGAUUGUUGUUUCUGCAAUUUUUUAAAACUUUUGACUGUUUUAUCUCAUGUGUUUUCAGGAAGAGCUUCAAAGGCUUAAAACGCGAGUGUCUAACCUCGCGAGUGUCUGUAAGGUACUCUUCAAACAACUUCCUAGUCUCUUUUCUUUGAAUAAUAAAAACAUAUAGUAGUCUAUUUUCUUUGAAUAAUAAAAACAUAUAACGUGAAAAUGUUUAUAAAAGCUAAAACUCAUUUACUGUAAAACUUCAUAAAUGGUGAGAUUUGAUUGAUGUUAAAUGCUACUGAAUUGCUUUCUACCUUCCUAACUCCUCAGAUUUGAUUGGGUAUAAAUGUUAUACUUAGUUAGAAAUCGGUUCCCGAAGGCUCUGUGUUGCUAGUUGAGUACUUAGUCAGAUUUGAUUGGUGUUAAAUGCUACUGGUUUGCUUUCUACCUUCCUAACUGCUAAGAUUUUAUUGGUUUUAAAUGUUUCUUAGUUAUAUAUCGCUUACUUAAGGCUCUGUGUUGCUAGUAGAGUGACACAUAGCAUUCUCUAACCAUGGAUACUACCCACGGUUAUGUUAACCUACUGAAUAGUCAAUCUUCAGUUGACCUUGAUUCACUCGGACCUGCUUGGUUCAGUAGACAAUGUCCUGAUGAGUCUGGUGUCAAGGAGAGGAGGAAAUGGUCUCCCAAAGAGGAUAAAAUCCUUAUUGGUGCUUGGCUUAACACCAGUAAAGACCCUGUGGUCAGCAAUGAGCAGAAAGCUGGUGCUUUCUGGAAGAGGAUUCAAGACUACUACAACGCAAGCCCUCACUUGGUUGGGACAACACCUAGAGAGCUUGUUCAGUGCUAGCAGAGGUGGGCUAGGAUUAAUGAGCAAGUCUGCAAGUUUGUUGGAUGCUUUGAUGCGGCUCUGAGGGAGCAGAGAAGUGGUGAAAAUGAUGAUGAUGAGAUGAAAGCUGCCCUAAAAAUCUUCUACAAUGACUACUCCAUCAAGUUCAACCUGGAACAUGCCUGGAGGGAGCUGAGACAUGACAAGAAAUGGUGUUCCACCUAUCUGGCUAAGGACAGUGUGAAGGAAAAGCUCAAACAAGUGUUGGAGGUUGACGGAGAAGAGGCAAUGGGUAGACCUGUUGGGGUGAAGGCUGCUAAAGCUGCUAGUAAGAGGAAGAAGAAUGCUAAAGAAGAGGAGUUGCCAAAGUUACAGGGCCUGUUUGAAAUCAAACAGAAAAUCUCUAACCAGAAACUGUUUGAUCGUUUACUUGUCAAAAAAGAGCCACUCUCUGAGAUGGAAUUAUCUCUUAAACUCAAACUUAUGUCUGAGAUGUUAUGAUGUUAUAUGUUCAGUUUAAGGUAUUAAUGUUGUUUUGAGUAGUUAUUACUAUUAUACUUUGCUAACUCUUGUAAACAGGGUCAAUAGAAGGACACUGUCUUUUCACUCACAGGUGCAUUUGGAGUAGUGUGAAAGUGU